UGGCACUGGCCUUGUUAAUAGCAUUGGGACUGAGGAAAGAGGAGAGUGAGGAGGCCAGACUGUGGGCUCUUACUUUCUGAGAGUUCUUUUUCUGAGUGUAUAAGAGCCCCUGUGUCCUCCUGCCUGGUUUCUGAGAACCUUAGUAACCCAGGUAUCCCCAGAAGUCUUUGGCUUUUCCUGAGAUCUUUCCCCUUCUGCUUCCACGGUGACCUCACCUCUCUGGCUCCCCUACCCCAACAUGCCCUCAUUCUCCUGUUCCUCCAGCCUCCUCUUCAGUCUCUGAUCUGAGUGGCUUCACCCCUUGUUCCCCCUCUUUCUCUUCCUUUGCCCUCCUCUCUCUCUGAGUGUGGGUUUCGUCUGUUUUCCAACACUGGCCAACUGGACAUGGCCUUGCAUUUUGUGUUUAGACCCGGUCUAGGGGAGAGGCUCCAUCUGUGGUCACCGGCCAAGCCUUAACUGUCCUGAAGAGAGAACUGAAUCUGCUACUGGCCAGAAGGACUGACCGGGCCUGCUGGGCUGUUUGCAUCGCGGGCCCCUCCGCCUGGGCCCUGCACGGGAGGGGCCGGCGGGCAGGCGGCUGGGCUAUGGUUUGGUGCCUCAGUCUGGCCGUUCUCAGCCUGCUCAUCGGCCAGGGGGCUGACGGUCGAGGGAAGCCUGAGGUGGUCUCCGUGGUGGGCCGGGCUGGGGAGAGUGCGGUGCUGGGCUGCGAACUGCCUCCUGCUGGCCGGCCCCCCCUUCACGUCAUCGAGUGGCUGCGCUUUGGGUUUCUGCUCCCCAUCUUCAUCCAGUUCGGCCUCUACUCUCCCCGAAUCGACCCUGAUUACGUGGGGCGAGUCCGGCUGCAGAAGGGGGCCUCCCUCCAGAUUGAGGGGCUCCGGGCAGAAGACCAGGGCUGGUAUGAGUGCCGGGUGCUCUUCCUGGACCAGCAGCACCCUGAGGACGAGAACAUCAACGGCUCUUGGGUGCACCUCACAGUCAACUCGCCCCCGAGGUUCCUGGAGACACCCCCCCAGGUGCUGGAGGUGCGGGAGCUAGAGCCACUGACGCUGCGCUGUGUAGCCCGUGGCAGCCCGCAGCCUCAGGUGACUUGGAAGCUCCGAGGACAGGACCUGGGCCAGGUCCAAGGUCAGGUGCAGGUGCAGAACGGGACGCUGUGGAUCCGACAGGUGGAGCGAGGCAGCUCCGGUGUCUACACCUGCCAGGCCUCCAGCACUGAGGGCAGCGCCACCCAUGCCACCCAGCUGCUGGUGCUAGGGCCCCCGGUCAUCGUGGUGCCCCCCAGGAACAGCACGGUCAAUGCCUCCCAGGAUGCUUCCUUGGCCUGCCGGGCUGAGGCCUACCCCGCCAAUCUUACCUACACCUGGUUCCAAGACAGCAUCAAUGUCUUCCACAUUAGCCGCCUGCAGGCCCGAGUGCGGAUCCUAGUGGAUGGCAGCCUGCGGCUACAGGCAGCACAGCCCGAUGAUGCUGGCCGCUACACCUGUGUGCCCAGCAAUGGCCUCCUGCACCCACCCUCGGCGUCCGCCUACCUCACUGUGCUCUACCCAGCCCAGGUAACAGCAAUGCCUCCCGAGACACCCCUGCCCAUAGGCAUGCGGGGAGUGAUCCAGUGCCCAGCUCGUGCCAACCCCCCGCUACUCUUUGUCAGCUGGACUAAGGAUGGGCAGGCCCUGCGACUAGACAAGUUCCCCGGCUGGUCCCAAGGCCCAGAAGGCUCACUGAUCAUUGCCCUGGGGAACGAGGACGCCCUGGGAGAGUACUCCUGCACUCCCUACAAUAGUCUUGGAACUGCAGGGCCCUCCCCCGUGACCCGUGUGCUGCUCAAGGCUCCCCCAGCUUUUAUAGAACGGCCCAAAGAGGAAUAUUUCCAGGAAGUAGGGCGAGAGCUACUCAUCCCCUGUUCUGCCCAUGGAGACCCUCCUCCUACCAUCUCUUGGGCCAAGGUGGGCCAGGGGCUGCAGCGCCAGGCCCAGGUAGACGGCAACAACAGCCUCAUCCUACGACCGCUGACCAAGGAGGCCCAUGGACGCUGGAAGUGCACCGCCAGCAAUGCCGUGGCCCACGUGGCUACCUCCACAAAUGUCUACGUGCUGGGCACCAGUCCCCAUGCAGUCACCAACGUGUCCGUGGUGCCUUUGCCCAAGAGUGCCAAUGUCUCCUGGGAGCCAGGUUUUGAUGGAGGCUAUCUGCAGAGAUUCAGCGUCUGGUACACCCCACUGGCCAAACGUCCUGACCGAGCCCACCACGACUGGGUGUCUCUGGCAGUGCCCGUGGGGGCUGCUUAUCUGCUGGUGCCAGGGCUGCAGCCCCACACCCAGUACCAGUUCAGUGUCCUUGCUCAGAACAAGCUGGGAAGUGGGCCAUUCAGUGAGAUUGUCUUGUCUGCACCUGAAGGGCUUCCUACCACACCAGCUGCUCCCAGGCAUCCCCCUACAGAGAUGCUGCCACUUCUGUCCCCUCCUCGGGGCCUGGUGGCAGUGAGGACCCCCCGAGGGGUACUUCUGCAUUGGGAUCCCCCAGAGCUGAUCCCUGAGAGGCUGGAUGGCUAUAUCCUGGAGGGGCGUCAAGGUUCCCAGGGCUGGGAGGUGCUUGACCGGGCAGUGGCUGGCACAGAAACGCAACUGCUGGUUCCAGGACUUAUAAAGGAUGUUCUCUACGAGUUCCGCCUAGUGGCCUUCGUAGAUAGCGAUGUCAGCGGUCCCAGCAACACCGCCAACAUCUCCACUUCAGGCCUGGAGGUGUACCCGUCCCGCACACAGCUGCCGGGCCUCCUGCCUCAGCCGGUGCUGGCUGGUGUGCUGGGUGGAGUCCUCUUCCUGGCCGCUGCUGUGCUGGUGAGCGUCCUGGCCGCCUGCCUCAUGAACCGGCGCAGAGCGGCCCGCCGGCGCCGCAAGCGCCUCCGCCAAGAUCCACCCCUUAUCUUCUCUCCUCCCCGGAAAUCAACUCCACACAGGGGCCCCCUACCCCUGGAGCCUAUUUGCCGGGGACCAGAUGGGCGCUUUGUGAUGGAACCCAACGUGGAGACCACCCAAGAAAGGUCAGGUCCUGAGCCCGUGGAACCUCGCACUGCAGCCCAGCGUCAGGCCAGGUCUUUCGACUGCAGCAGCAGCAGCCCCAGCGGGCUGCCCCAGCCCCUCUGCAUCAAAGACAUCAGCCCCGUAGGGCCCCCUCCUGCAGUCCCACCCAGUCCCCUCCCAGGUCCAGGACGCCUGCUCCAAUACCUGAGCCUGCCCUUCUUUCGGGAGAUGAACGUGGAUGGGGACUGGCCACCCUUUGAGGAGCCCGGACCUGCCCCGACCCCAGAUUACAUGGAUACUCGGCCCUGCCCCACCUCAUCUCUCCUGCACCCCCUGGAUUCGCCCCCUGUGGCACCCAGGGCCAUGCUUCCUGGAGCAGCUCCAGAGCCUGCUUACACAGCGCUGACUGACUGGACCCUGAGGGAGCGGCUUCUGCCAAGCCUCUUUCCUGCUGCCCCCCGGGGAAGCCUCACCAGCCAGAGCAGCGGGCGGGGCAGUGCCUCCUUUUUGCGGCCCCCCUCCACAGCCCCCUCUGCGGGAGGCAGCUACCUCAGCCCACCUCCAGGAGACACCAGCAGCUGGGCCAGCGGCCCUGAGCGAUGGCCCCGAAGGGAACAUGUGAUCACGGUCAGCAAGAGGAGGAACACGUCUGUGGAUGAGAACUAUGAAUGGGACUCAGAAUUUCCUGGGGACAUGGAAUUGCUGGAAACUCUGCAUCUGGGCUUAGCUGACCCUCAACUCCGCUCUGAAACUGAGCCAGAGCUAGGUGCAAAGACCCCAGACGAGAGCUGCCUUCUGAACACUGCCCAUGCUCCUGGCCCAGAGGCCCGCUGUGCUGCUCUUCGAGAGGAGUUCCUGGCCUUCCGUCGCCGCCGAGAUGCUACGAGAGCCCGACUACCAGCCUACCGACAGCCGGUCCCCCACCCUGAGCAGGCCACUCUGCUGUGAAGGCCCCAGGUAGAAGGCUGGAUGAAGACACAAAACCCUGCCAAGGAGGCGGCCAGCAAGAUCCAGCUCCAGUAUGGGGCACUGUCCUGCCCCUUUGGUGCUCAGGCACAAGCCCUGAUAGUGGGCUUAGUAUGAGAUGUGUGUGCUAGCCCCUGGGGAUCGUAGGUCUGGGGGGGUGUGUGUGUGUGUGUGUGCGCGCGCGUGUGUGUGUGUGUGUGGGUGUGUGUACAUGUAGUGGGGGUUGCUGGUUGGCUGGUUGUAGUAUGGGUGAGGUUUUUUACAGGUGAAUAAAGUCUGA